GGCAUGACUGUGUGGUGCGACUCUGCCCCUAGCGUGCUGAAAAACCCCUCAUGUCUUUACGCCAAAUGCACCGUUUUGGAGAUCAUGAGUAACCAGACAGUUAAAUUAAAGGAAAUUGCCGAACCAGGCAGAGAGACACUGGCGGACCCUCUGUUGAUUUCAAUAAACCCUUUUGGAUGGUCUGGGAGUUCUUUGAAAGAAAAGCAAGCUUGCGAGCUGCUGUCCCUGGAAGCCGCAGUUGUUGAAGAGGCGCUGCUGCGGCGGGUGACAGUGUCGGGGACGCAGGCGGUGGCGGGGCGGUGGCGGCAGCAGCAGGCGGAGCUGCAGCAGCAGUCGCUGUGCAAGGGCGUUCACGAGCGGCUUUUUCUCUGGAUCAACAAGCAAAUCAACAAAAACAUCAACAAAAAACAGAGCCUCGACACUUUCGUCGGUGCGCACCCAGCUAGCCAGCUAGCCAGCUAG